GGAAUUACCUGUAUUUUCAAUCCAUUCAAUCAACGGAGCGGGAGUAAAACCCCUAAUUUUCCAUAAUAAAAGCCUUCCAAUUCUUUUGAUGGCCGCAUCGUUUUUCAAUCUACCUUCCCUGUUGCUUCUCUCCUCUUCGAUUCUCGAUUUCUUCUUUUCAAGACCUUAUAAUAAUCCUCGGAUUCUGAGUCGCCAGCCGUUUGUUUUUCUGACAUACUAGGAAUACUCUGCCGGGAACAAUGGGAAGACGUAAGGCGCAGCGAAAGGAGGCUUUGAUGUUAGAUGGUGAUGAUGAGUAUGGUAUCCUUGCUGAUUCAUUCUCAACAAUGUUGUGUGAUCCUGGUCGUGAAGAAGAGCAGCUUUAUGAAGAUAGUUUACUAGAAGAAGCUGUUGAUGCUUUGUAUGAGAAGAGGGGUGCUACACGGGAGAAAGCUUUGUCAGCCAUUGUGGAGUCUUUCAGUAGCAAAUUGCAGCAUCAAUUUGUGGAGAAGACAUUUGCCACGUUGCUGCAUCAGUGUCUGAACUGCAUUAAAAAGGGCUCCAGUAAAGAAAUAUAUUUAGCAUGUCAUACCAUUGGACUGCUUGCUUUGACUGUUGGCUUCGGGGACAAUGCUCGGAAAAUAGUGGAAGAAUCACUCACUCCUCUUUUGCAGGCCCUAAAAUCUGGGUUAGAGUCUGUGGAGAUAGCUUCUUUGCUGGAGUGUCUGGCCAUUGUUACAUUUGUUGGUGGAAAUCCAGAGGAAACAGAAAGAUCAAUGCAAAUUAUGUGGCAACUGAUUCAUCCUAAACAAGGUUCUAAGGUUCUUGCUGUCAGACCUGCUGCUGUAAUAACAGCAGUUGUAUCAGCCUGGUCAUUGCUUUUGACAACCCUUGAUGGAUGGGCACUCGAUCCUAAAGAUUGGCAACAGUUUAUUUCAUAUCUUUCUAGUCUGCUUGAUCAGGAUGAUCGAUCUGUUCGCAUUGCUGCUGGUGAAGCAUUGGCGCUAGUUUUUGAGAUAGGGGCCUUAGAGAAGUUUUCUGCUGAAAGUAAAGGGUCCAGUAAUGUCUCAGAUCAAGGUGGAAAUAAAUCUGAAGGACUCGUGUCCAUAGAAGGCUUGAGGACUGAAAUUUUGAAUCAAGUCAGAGAACUUUCUGUCGAGGCUGGUGGUAAAGGUACCAGAAAGAAAGAUCUUAACAGCCAGCGUAAUUUAUUCAAGGAUAUUUUGGAAUUUCUCAAGGAUGGUUGCUCUCCUGAAACAUCAAUGAAGAUUGGUAGGGAUUCACUAAAUGCAUCUACAUGGUCUCGGCUGAUUCAGUUGAACUAUCUGAAGCGCUUUCUGGGUGGAGGAUUCAACAAACACAUGCAGGAAAACGAAUUCCUUCAAGAUGUAUUUGAGUUCGUUCCAACAAAUUCUUGUCCUGAUGGCGAAUAUUUAAUGUCUAAAGCUGAGAAGAGAUACUACAAAUCACCAAACUCGGCGGUGAACAAAGCAAGGACCCGACAAUUGAAGGAGCUGCGGAUGCUAUCUGAGGAAUCGAGAUAUCAAUUUACGAGUUCUGCAAGCAGCACGAUUCCUAAGUAAUUUGUGUGCCCAAUUUCUCUGAUGUUCACUGUAAAAAACAUCGGUCCCCAUGCAGUCGGUACAGGUGAUGGGGAUGCCUAGAUACCACCGUGCCAUAUAUAACUCUCAAAAUUUUUGCAAUUUUGUUUGUGGAAAAGUUAAUUUUAUAAUUCUGUUUUAUAACAGUUAUGGAAUUAUUAUUUAAU